AUGGGCGAUGGGGGCGCGGAGCGCGACCGCGGCCCGGCUCGCCGGGAGUCGCGCGGCGGGCGCGGCGGGGACCGCGGCGGAGCGGAGGGCUCGGGGGCCCAUGCCGGCCGCCGCAGCCCGCGGGAGACUGCGGGGACCUCCGCCUCUAGCCCCGCGGGCUCCAGGGAGAGCGGCGCCGACAGCGACGGCCAGCCGGGGCCCGGCGAGGCGGACCACUGCCGCCGCAUCCUGGUGCGAGACGCCAAAGGAACCAUCCGGGAAAUUGUUCUGCCUAAGGGUUUGGACCUGGACCGGCCCAAGAGGACCCGCACGUCCUUCACAGCUGAGCAGCUAUACCGCCUGGAAAUGGAGUUCCAGCGCUGCCAAUAUGUGGUGGGCCGAGAGCGCACUGAGCUGGCCCGCCAGCUGAACCUCUCCGAGACCCAGGUGAAGGUCUGGUUCCAGAACCGCCGCACCAAGCAGAAGAAAGACCAGAGCAGAGACCUGGAGAAGCAGGCGUCCUCCUCAGCCUCCGAGGCCUUUGCCACCUCCAACAUCCUGCGGCUGCUGGAGCAGGGCCGGCUGCUGUCCGUGCCUCGGGCCCCCGGCCUCCUGGCGCUGACCCCUGGCCCACUGGGCCUGCCUGCCGGCCACAGGGCCACCUCACUGGGUGACCCCAGGAACUCCUCCCCGUGCCUCAACCCACUGACCUCGGCCUCGACAUCCCCGCCCCUGCCACCCCCUCCGCCGGCCCUCUGCUUUUCCACUGCUCCGCUCCUGGACCUGUCUGCCUGCUAUGAACUGGGCUCCUCAGCCUUCGCGCCCUACAGCAGGCUAGAACGGAGAGUAGGCAGCCCCGGCGGCAGCGGUGGAGACAAGAAAGCCAACAUUUAA